AUGCCUGAUAAUACAGAUUUUAAUCCUGAUGUAAACGAAGAUGUAAACCUAACGGGUUAUUCUGAUACGGAUGAUGAAUGCGAAGUUGAUGAAAAUAUCAACGAAACUAAUGCGGAGGAUAAUACGGUAAACCCUGUACAAGGAGAUACAACGGAUACGACGAUUGAUGAAAAUCUUCAACCGUAUGAUGCCGAACAAUAUGUAAAUUACGCAUCCGGAGAUGGUGAUGAUGAAGGUGAUGAUGGUAAUGAUGACGAUGAUGAUGUGGGUUUAAAUGAGCAAGUAAUACAAGGUUUUUUCAAACAACUAUUGCAAAUACAAGAACAAGUUGAGAAAAAAAAGAAAGAUAAUCGUCUCAUACCGUCUAUUUCAAAUUAUAUGAAGUUAGAUUUGGAUCAAAAAAGUCAACAAAUUUCGCCAACUAUUACACGCCAUCUGUUACACGUGUGUAAUUUACUGGUUCACAAUAAAUUUGAUAUAAAAAUAGAUUACGGCGACCGUGGUGUUUUAGAAUAUAUUACCGGUAAAGAUUGUCCAAAAAAAGAUAUAAAAUUUACGCUUGUUGAAGAUAUGCGCAUUCACAGUUAUAUUCGGAAAGCCGUUAGACAACUGGAGACGAUCAAGAAAGCAGAGGAAAUAAAAAAUGGGCGAAGAAGUAAAAAGAUUAGCACUGAUAGACGCGAAUAAAUUUAACAGUCUAAUGGACAUGCUAACAAAAAAUAAUGCAAGAGACGAAUUAUUAAAUAGCGCGAAACAAAGCAGCGAAGAGGCGGGUCUUAUUGAAAGUCGACAAGAAGCUAAAAAAUCGGUUAGAAAUAACGCGUCAACGGCAGGCAACGAUAUCAUUAAUUAUCUAAGAAAAACUGAUAGUUAUAGAAAAUCUGUUGGUCUUGAUCAGCCUGAUGAUGAAGCCGCAGAAAAUGCUACACCGCCGGCGACAGCCGGUCCCUCGGGUGCAGGUCAUAAACCGGGUACUGUCGCAGCUUCGGUGGCAAAAAUCGAAGAGCAUUUUCAAAAAAACGAUAUAAAACCGAUUGCGACGGGUAUCAAUGCAGCGGGUGUCAAUAUGAAUAUCUCCUAUCAAGAUAUGUUGGAAGAUUUAACAUGCAAUUACACACAGACGCAACCGAAUCUAGAUGCAAAUAAUCGUCGACGUAUGUUACUACUAUUAAAAAAAACAAAUAUGCCCACAUCGUAUAUACGUAAUAAAAGACUUAAAGAAGAGUACAAAAAUAUUAUAAAUCAUAGCAAGAAAGCACCCAUACCGACACCAACACGUAUUCCCCAACCGAAAGGGAAAUACAGAAGAAGAGAUAGAGGAUAUCUUUCAGACGAUUAA